AUGGAUAUUCACUCUAUUGUUAACUUGAGCUAUUAUAGCGGCGGUCCGGCUAUUCACAACGGGCCCGGCAGUCACAGCGGUCCCGGCAGUUACAGCAGCGGCACGGCUAGUCACAACGGCCCCGGCAGUUACAGCGGUCCCGGCAGCCACAGCAGCGGCCCGGCCAGUCACAACGGGCCCGGCAGUCACAGCAACGGCUCGGCUAGUCACAACGGCACCGGCAGUUACAGCGGUCCCGGCAGUCACAGCAGCGGCUCGGCUAGUCACAACGGCACCGGCAGUUACAGCGGUCCCGGCAGUUACAACAGCGGCCCGGCCAGUCACAACGGUCCCAGCAGUUACAGCAGCGGCUCGGCUAGUCAUAGCAGUCCGGGCAGUUACAACGGCCCCGGCAGUUACAGCAGCGGCCCGGCCAGUCACAACGGUCCCAGCAGUUACAGCAGCGGCUCGGCUAGUUACAACGGCCCUAGCAGUCUAUUCCUUAUGGUAGGGUAG